GUACCCAUCAGCAACUUUGUUCCAGCGACGCCUUCACCUUCUCCUUUCAGUUUCACAAACAACAAGAGAAAGAGAAGGGGCUUGGCGGCGAGCAGAAGGAAACGACGGCAACACUUUGAGCUUCCAUUGGCAACGAAGCAGCGACUUAUAGUUCUGCCUUCUUCACCAAAUGCAUAGCAACGUGAGAAGAGAACAACAAGCAAGGCACACAACUUCUUGUUCGACCGACAAGCUUUGCUUGAUCAACACAAAACUGCAAAGAUCAGUCUCUCUUUCUCACUCUCAAAUUAAACUAUGCAUUAAACUAUGCAUUUCAAAUUACAACCUUCAUUUCUAAAUCCAAAUUCUCACUUCCAUGCUCAAAUUUGUAAAUUUCGAGAGGCAUAACUUAAUCCUGUGUCAAAAUCAAUAAAACUUUAAUUAAAAAUUAAUAAUUUUAUUUUGCCUUUGUUUUGCAAAGAGGCUUGAUAAAUUCUGCAGCAGCAGGCGAAAGGCAUAGAUAGCCCACCAACAGCUGACAAGAUACUAUGCUUGCACUCCACCUUCAACCUUUAUUCCCUACUCUCUCUCUCUCUCUCUCGCUUUCAAAUAUAAAGAGCCAACUUCCACAACCACGGAGAUGUUUAGAUGGCCUCAACUUCAGUUCCCUCCACUAUACGUUUCUGCACAAAUUCCUCAUCGUUUCUCCCUGCACCCUACAUUGCUCAUGAAUCUGGCCUAACAAUGAAGUUGCGGCGCCAUGAAAAUUUCUCACUCAAUAUUUCACAACCAAUACAUUUCUCUAACCUUUUCACCAAAACAACCCAUGCGGCGGCAGUGGCCUGCUGCGCCGCCAACGACCCGGGGCCUCAAGAGGACUACAAACCUCUCGAAACAGUGCUCAAUCUCUACGAAGCAAUCAAAAAUAAAAAUGUCAAUCAGCUCUCAGAUAUAAUAGCAGAAGAAUGUUCCUGCAUUUCCAACUUUGUGUCCGCCUUCCAACCUUAUCUUGGUAAGAAGCAAGUCAUGGAUUUCUUCUCAUAUCUGAUGAAAUACUUGGGGAAUAACAUUGAAAUUGUGGUGCAAAAGACCUCGGAUGAAGGGAUGGUAGUUGGUGUAUCCUGGAAACUAGAGUGGAAGAAGGUCCCGCUGCAUCUGGGAAAAGGUUUCAGCUUCUAUACGUGCCAUGUUUACCAAGGGAAGGUGAUGAUAAGGAAUGUGGAGAUGUUCCUGGAGCCUGUACUUCACAUGGAGCCACUAAGGCUGGAACUGAUAACUCUGGUGAUGGUUGCCAUAGACAAGCUUAUUCCCCAGUUGGAGUUGAAGAACAGGGCAAGAAAGGCCAUUAUCCUAUUGUUCAUCCUUCUCUUCCUGGCUGCACUUGUAUGUUCAUUCAAAUAAUGGACCACGUCA